AUCAAGAGUGACGUAAUUCUGGCGUAGGAACUGUUUGAUUGGCCAAUAAAUACACCAUAAACAAGCUUAACCCCACAUUUCUCUGUCUCUUUCCUCCUUUUCGGCUAAAACAUUUAUAUUAAAUACAACAUGUCUUUGAUGCUCGACGAAUCAAGUACAUGUGCGAAUGACACUAAAGAGGUCCAGAGUAAGCCUCUUCCAGACUCGACCCAAUUUUAUUUGUUAGAAACUCCUACAGAAAAAGACUGCCGGAUAAGGGAGCUAUUUAAUACACUUGACCGAGACAAAGCAGGAUUACUGGACAGUAAAGCCAUUCAAAGAGGAUUUACAGCAAUGACUCAUCUUCCAGCUCGCACUAAAUAUGCAAAUGAGCUAGUAUCACGUUGCGAUACUUCCCACGAUGGUCUGGUAGAUUUUGAAGAGUUUAAGACCUACGUAAACGAAAAAGAACGAGAAUUAUGGAAGCUAUUCAAGAAGUUUGAUAGAAGUGGGGAAGGUCAGCUAGACCCAAGGGAUUUACAAAUCGCUUUAAGGAUAGCGGGAAUGGAAAUAGCUGAAGAUGAUGUGGUGGAUUUCAUGCAGUUAAUGGACAUUGACGGAAAUGGAUUAAUCGACUUUAAUGAAUUUAAGAAUUUUCUUUUGCUUCUACCCCAAACAAAUAUGAUGGAAAUGUAUAAAUAUUACGAGUCCUCAACUCAAUUAACACAUGACGGCGAAGUGGUUAUACCGACAACUGACGAAACUGCAAGGCAUGCAUUGGGUUAUUUAUUAGCGGGAGGUAUUGCCGGUGCUGUGUCACGGACAUGUACAGCCCCAUUUGAUAGAUUAAAAGUUUACUUGAUAACACAUAGUGGAACACCAGCGAACCCACUUAGCUUCAUGAGUGCUGUUAGAUCAAUUUAUAACCAUGGUGGUUGGAAAGCAUUUUUUUUAGGAAACGGUUUAAAUGUCAUGAAAAUCAUUCCUGAAUCAGCUAUUAAAUUUUACUCUUAUGAAUCUUGUAAAGAGCUAUUCGCCAAUUUGCUUGACUGUGAGGAUAAGGAUUCAAUACCCACAACAGCAAGGUUUGCAGCAGGUGGCGUGGCUGGCAUUUGCUCUCAAUUUUCGAUCUAUCCAUUGGAAACAUUGAAAACACGUAUCAUGGCACAUCAGGUCUCGAAUAAUAAUAAGAAAUCUUUUACAACCCCAGUAGCAAAUCCAAAAUUAUCGGCCGCUUUUUCCACAGCGGCAUGUUCUUCUUCCAGAUCAAUCAUUACUGAUACAGCUAAAACCAUGUAUGCUCGAGGUGGUGUUCGCGCAUUUUGGCCUGGUUUGACACUAGGUUUAGUCGGUGUAUUUCCUUAUCAAGCAAUGGAUCUUGGCAUAUAUGAAACCUUAAAAAUAUCGUAUUUACAGUACAACCAAGGAGAAUACAACGAUGAUGGCACUCAAAAACAACCAAACAUAUUUGUACUUUGGUCAUGUGGCAUGAUUAGUGGCACAAUAGGCGCUACAAGUGUAUAUCCUUUAAAUGUUAUCAGAACAAGGCUACAAGCACAAGGCACAUCUGGACAUCCUCGAAUUUACAAAUCACCUUGGGAAGCUGUGGAAGUGACAUUUAAGUCAGACGGACUUCGAGGGUUUUACAAGGGACUGGGACCAACAUUGUUAAAGGUUGUCCCGGCCGUUAGUAUUAGCUAUGUUACUUAUGAAUGGAGUAAAAGAGAGCUCGGACUAUCCUAGUAUUAAAGUGUAAUAAAUUAUCGCAUUAGAUGCAUGUACAAAAAAAA